CCAACAUCAAUAGGGAGGAGUCAGUGGUCAGCGAUCGCCACACACCCGGUCUGAGUGAGGAAACUCCAGAGCGGAAUAUUUUGCGACAGAGGAUUUCUUCAAUGUUCGCUAAAAUAAGCAGUCAAAAAUCCUGACAUCUCGGACUUGUUCUUCGUGGCAUCCCAGUCGUGCACAGUGGUAACCUCCAGUUUAGCCCUGCCCAGCCUCACACACCCCACCGGCCUGGCUCAAGGAGGGAGGGAAAAUCCUACGGUUGUUGAUAUUGUGGGUUCAAUAGUUGUUGCUUUACACGUGUCACGUCUUCUGGUUAUUGUUUUCAGUGCAGACAGCUUUUGAAAGACUGCCCAGAAUUGGUUUCGAAUUUGGUAGAUCGUUAAACUGCAAGUUUGUAUCCGUAGCCUAAAGAGGCACGAGUGCUCACAAGCUAGUAACGUUAGCGACACAGUACAGCAGACGAGUUCCAUCCCUCCAGACGUAACUUCAAGGGGCCAUUCAGUGUGCCUACAUGGGACUAUUUCCGAUAAUGCAACAGCCUGUCAUAUUUUACCGAUCAGCAUUCUCGCAUUGAGCAACAUAACACACAUUUGUAACGGGGAGCCGUAUAAUAUUUGCUUAGUAAGCUAGCCAUCUUGCUAGACAGGCCAGCUUCCUUGUAUCAAAUAGCAAACCGUCUAGUACUAGUAGCUAACGUAAAUGGUGGCUGGACUGCGUUGUCAGAACUAUGGAAAUGAGAACGUUAGUUUGUUUUAAAGUGGCUGUUUUUUUUUAGAUUAUUAGCAAACCGUAUAUAAUUUUAAUGAGACAUUGACUCCAAACACGGAAGCUAAUAAUCGUAUUUAAAAAAAAAAUGUAAUUAUCACAUUUAUGUUGGAUUUAAGUCGCUGAGAGCCAACAAAAUACUCAAUUUUGGAUAUCAAUUGACGAGACGAAUGAUUCCUGUGUCCCUGGUUUUAACUGGAUUUGGCCUCCCCCUUUUGGUUCGACGCGGGAGCAGCGGGAUUUCGACGUCCCACUCAUCUGUCACGUCGAUAUUUGUAUACAUUUUCCUAUCCCUCCCUCCCCUCCCACAACCUUUCCCCGUUUCUCUCUCCGAUGCGGAGUGCUGAGUAACGCCGGCAACCAAAUCGAUAACGGCGGCCGGACAUGCUGAAGUGUAUCCCUUUGUGGCGUUGUAACCGCCACGUCGAGUCGGUGGACAAGCGACAUUGUAAUUUGCAAAAUGUCCCCGACGAGAUAUUUCGCUACAGCCGCAGUCUGGAGGAGCUUCUCCUCGACGCUAACCAACUCCGAGAACUACCCAAGCCUUUCUUCAGACUUCUGAACUUGCGGAAACUGGGUCUGAGUGACAAUGAGAUCCAGAGGCUCCCUCCUGAGGUGGCCAACUUCAUGCAGCUGGUGGAGCUCGACAUCUCCAGAAACGACAUUCCUGAGAUCCCUGAGAGCAUUAAGUUCUGCAAGGCAUUGGAGAUUGCAGACUUCAGUGGAAACCCCCUUUCCAAAUUGCCUGAUGGUUUCACUCAGCUCAGAGGGCUCGCCCACCUGGCACUUAAUGACGUGUCAUUGCAGACACUGCCCAACGACAUAGGAAACCUGGCCAACCUGGUGACGCUGGAGCUCAGGGAGAACCUGCUCAAGUCCCUGCCCACGUCACUCUCUUUCCUGGUGAAACUGGAGCAUCUGGACCUGGGCAGCAAUGAACUGGAUGUGUUGCCGGACACACUUGGUGCUCUCCCUAACCUACGGGAGCUGUGGUUGGACCGCAACCAGCUCUCCUCUUUGCCACUAGAGCUGGGGAACCUGCAGAGACUCGUGUGUCUAGAUGUGUCAGAGAACCGACUGGAGGAGUUGCCCUCAGAGCUCAGCGGCCUGCUGGCCCUCACUGACCUGCUGCUCUCACACAACCUCCUGGAGGUGGUCCCCGACAGCAUAGGCUCUCUGAAGCAGCUGUCCAUCCUGAAAGUGGACCAGAACCGACUGACCCACCUGAGUGACUCCAUAGGAGAGUGUGAGAACCUGACGGAACUCGUACUGACCGAGAACCUCUUACAGACUCUGCCUCGCUCGCUGGGCAAGUUGAAGAAGCUGACCAACUUGAAUGUGGACCGCAACCGGCUGGGCGACGUGCCUGAUGAGCUGGGUGGUUGCGCCAGCCUCAACGUGCUCUCCCUCAGAGACAAUCGCGUGGCCAAAUUGCCCGCUGAGCUGGCUGACGCCACUGAGCUUCAUGUUCUGGAUGUGGCAGGGAACAGGUUACAGAACCUGCCGUUUGCCCUGGCCAACCUCAACCUGAAGGCCAUGUGGCUGGCAGAGAACCAGUCCCAGCCCAUGCUCAAGUUCCAGACGGAGGACGACGAGAGCACCGGGGAGAAGGUGCUCACCUGCUACCUGUUGCCCCAGCAGCCCUCCCCCAGCCUGGAGAACCUGCUGCAGAACAGUGUGGACGACAGCUGGAUAGACAGCAACCUGAACCGGGUAUCCGUUAUCCAGUUCCAGGAGGAGACCACCAAGCAGGAUGAGGACGAUGAGGCGGCUGCAGAGCGCAGGGGUCUCCAGCGCCGGGCGACGCCCCACCCCAGUGAGCUGAAGGUCAUGAAGAAGGUGAUUGAGGAGAAGAGGAACGAGGCCUACAUAUCCUGUCCUGAUGGAGAGCCAGAGUCUCCUGGUACUGAGGAGAAACGACUGAGCAAUCUGUCCAAUCAGAGCCACGACUCUGCGGCGUCCAACAGCACAGCCUCUGCCAACUCUCACGAGGAGAGACGGUGCGUGAUUACCACAGCGAGGGAGAGUCUAGUGGGUGGGUGUGUGGAACAGGAGGAGGAGGAGCUAGACGAGAUGGAGGUGGAGUAUGUGGAGCCCACGGUGCACUUUGCAGAGGAGCCCAUAUACCAGGGUGGGAAUGAGGACUGUGAGGACGAGGAGGGUGGGGACGGGGUCCCAUGCAGCGACCUAGAGGAACAGAGGCCCCAGUUCCCUACGGAGAAGCAGCGUCUGAUCAGGAAGGACACGCCGCACUACAAGAAGCACUUCAAGAUUACCAAGCUGCCAAAACCCGAGGCGGUGGCCGCGUUACUGCAGGGCUUCAGCCCCGACGCACACCUGGCCCAACACCCCACCUCGCACCACCCUGACCCCGAGAAGGAGGAAGAGGAGGAGUGUAUGGUUACUCCACAGCGCCACAACAGAAUAGAAGAGCCAAAGCAGGAGGAGAGGAGUCUGCUUCAUGUCAACUCUUCCCUGCAGUCGGUCAAGGGGGUGUCAUUUGAUCAAGUCAAUAAUCUCCUGAUUGAGCCUGCUCGAAUUGAGGAGGAAGAGCACACCCUGACCAUUCUACGUCAAACUGGGGGCCUGGGCAUCAGCAUAGCCGGAGGACAGGGAUCCACACCCUACAAGGGGGCUGAUGAGGGAAUUUUCAUCUCCAGGGUGUCUGAAGAGGGCCCUGCAGCGCAGGCUGGGGUCAAAGUGGGAGACAAACUCCUAGAGGUGAACGGUGUGGUUCUCCAGGGGGCAGAGCACCACACGGCGGUAGAGGCGCUGCGCAGCUCGGGCGCCGCCGUCUCCAUGAGCGUCCUCCGGGAGCACAUGGUGGAGCCGGAGAACGCCAUCACCACCACACCGCUAAGGCCCGAGGACGACUACUUCCCCCGGGAGAGACGGGCCAGUGGCCUUCCCUUCUGCAUUGAGGCAGGCUCCCCCGCAGGCUUCCGACACAGGCUGUCUGCCUGCCUGGUCCGCAAUGACAAGGGUCUGGGCUUCAGCAUUGCCGGGGGUAAAGGCUCCACAGCCUACCGCACGGGGGACAUGGGGAUCUACAUCUCGCGGAUCGCAGAGGGAGGGGCGGCCCACAGAGACUGCACACUCCGAGUAGGGGACAGGGUCAUCACCAUCAAUGGCGUAGACAUGACCGAGGCCAGGCAUGACCAGGCAGUAGCGCUGCUUACCGGCACCUCUCCCACCAUUGCUCUUCUGGUGGAGCGUGACCAGGCCGAGCCGGGCACCCCAGGGGGCUCCCCGGGCCUGACCCGUGCCCGCGCCCACUCCCCCCCACCUCCAGAGCCCUCUGACUCACCCGACCAGGAAGAGGGCAACGACGACUCCAGCCUCUUGCCCCACGGGAACCACCUGAGCCAGCCGCUGGAGGACGAAUACCCCAUUGAGGAAGUGGCGUUGGUGAAAGCGGGCGGCCACCUGGGACUGAGCAUCGUGGGAGGCAGUGAUCACGCCAGUCACCCGUUCGGCAUCAACGAGCCUGGCGUCUUCAUCUCUAAGGUGAUCCCCCAUGGCUUGGCGUGUCAGAGUGGGCUGCGGGUGGGGGACAGGAUACUGGAGGUGAACACCAUCGACCUGCGCCACGCCACCCACCAGGAGGCUGUUAAAGCCCUGCUCUCCAACAAGCAGGAGAUCCGCAUGCUGGUGCGCAGGGACCCCUCGCCUCCCGGGAUGGAGGAGAUAGUGAUCCAGAAGCAGCCUGGAGAAAAGCUGGGCAUCAGCAUCCGCGGCGGUGCCAAGGGCCACGCUGGCAACCCCUUCGACGCCACCGAUGAGGGCAUUUUCAUAUCCAAGGUGAGCUCCAGCGGUGCGGCGGCCAGGGAUGGCCGUCUGCUUGUGGGCAUGCGGAUCUUGGAGGUGAGUAACCACAGCCUGCUGGGUAUGACCCACACGGAGGCUGUACGCAUUCUCCGCGCCGUGGGAGACACCCUGGUCAUGCUGGUGUGUGACGGCUUCGACCCUGGCAACGCUGCCUCUGUAGAGGCGUCACCGGGCAUCAUUGCCAACCCGUUUGCCGCAGGCAUCGUGCGUAAGAACAGCAUGGAGAGCAUCUCCUCUAUAGACCGAGACCUGAGUCCCGAGGAGAUGGACAUCCUACAGAAGGAGGUGGAGAUGGUGCGAGAGACGUCCCAGUGGGAGAGAGAAGAGAUGGAGAAGGUGGAGCGCAUGCGCUUGGAGCGUGAGGAGGAUACUCGCCUGCUAGAAGAGGAGACCGAGAACCUGGGCACUGGGCCUCUGAAACUGGACUACCGGACGCUGGCCGCACUGCCCACCACCGCUCUCCAGAAGGUCAACAGGUUAUCUCCUUCUGUCAGUGCAACUGCCCCCAUGGAGGCCCCCAUUCAGGCCCAAUGUUCUUUCACCUUAGAGCCCCUGGGUUUUGACCUGGGGCAGCCCCCCACCUCCCUCUUCCCUCUUCCCCAUGCUCUACCUCAGUCUGGCCCCAUUAUGAACACAGAGGCUAGGCCCCUCUACAUGUCCCAGCACUCUCCCAGUCCCUUGAUAACCGCCUCCAAUCAAGGAGCAGCUAGACAAGAAGCUCUGCCUACUGGUGAAGACGAGGAGGUGGUGGUUCUGGUGGACUCCCAGCCAAUCAACUUCACCGAGAACCCCUUCCUGGUGGCCAAUCGCAGGGGCAAAGGGUGCCCCACCUCUGAGCGCAUCCUCUCAGGGCCUCCUGUGGGCUACGGGAGUGCGGGCAAACUGCAGCCCUGGUUAUUCAGCAAGGCGCCCUCCACUGAGCCCCCCAGGACAGACAGUCCCAUUAGAGACGCCCCCUACUCACCAACCACACAACCGGCAAGCAUUAAUUUCACACCUACUGCACUGCCUGCCAAGGAGGAAAUCUCACCACUGAGUCCCUAUGAGACAAGGCCAGGUGCCAUCCAGCCCCUCUCCCGUAGUGGCGGGCGGCCGAUCACCUCGCCAGCCACUCCGGACGGGCACAGCAGCCCCAAUCCCUUCCAGCAUGGCCCCUCCCCCAUCAACUCUCAGACCUUUGAUCUGUUUGGCGAGAGGAACAACGUCCACCACAAUCAGCCUUCUCCAGAGCCUGAGCUGAACAACGAGGUGUUUGAGGAUGAGGGGGACGGGGGAAUGGGUAUGGGUCAGGCAGCCCCCGUCUCUCCCCGACCCUCCCUCUCCUCUGACUGUCUGGACAAUAUGAGUCUGGCAGCAGUGCCACGCCUCUACAGAGCCUCCAUGGACAUGGUUGUAAAGACUCCAUCACCUGGUGGCAGAGACGACCUGGCGCAGCGCUCCUUCAGGGACAGACAGAAGUACUUUGAAAUCGACAUGAAGCAGCAGACGCCCGACACCAAGCCCAAAGGCCGCGUGUCCCUGGUUGGAGCAGACGACCUGAAGAAGAUGAGGGAGGAGGAAGAGAGGAGAUUCGAGCAGCGGGCACGGGAGUACCUGAUGGAUGAAGAUGACGAGGAGGAGGAUGACCUGGUGAAGCAGAUGGGAGUGUUGAAGGCCACGGGCAAAGUGGUGCUGGACGGGGUGGAGUACAAGGUGGAGCCUGUAGCCACCCCCCGCAGGCACUGUAACACGCCCCCCAGCUACAGCGCCACACUCCCUAGCUACUGUGGCAGCUCAGGGCCCUCGUCAGUGGAUGGUAAAGGAGACUACCAGAGGAAUUCCUCAGAGGAGAGCUUCAAGCUGGAGCAGCAGAGGCCCAACUCCAUGACUGGUCUGAUCCCAGUGUACCCUGGAGAGUCGGGGGCUCCCAUCCGGACAGCCAAGGCAGAACGGAGGCAACAGGAGCGGCUGAGGAUGCAGAGUCCAGAGCUGGCACCAGCUGGAGACAAGGACCUCUCCCCCUCCGAGAAACGAGCUCUGGAAGCCGAGAAGAGAGCCAUGUGGAGGGCAGCAAGGAUGAAGUCUCUGGAGCAGGAUGCUUUGAAGGCUCAGAUGGUCAUCGCUAAGUCCAGGGAGGGAAAGAAGCGUGGCACACUGGACCAGCUGGCCGAGUCGCCCUCGCCCGCCCUCACGCCAUCCCCCACCCCUCUGGAAGAUUUCAGUCCACAAGGAGUAACGUCACCAGGCAGACUGUCCCUGUCAGAAAAGAAGUUUGACUACCGACAGUUUGCUGCCAUUCCUUCUUCCAAACCCGUAUACGACAUCCAGUCUCCUGACGUGGUCGAUGACAUUCAAUUCAUUGACGAUGGCUCCAGUAACCCAGUGCAUGCUGCGGAUCCCAGGACUGAGGUGCCCACUGCCACCUCAGCACUGGAGAUGGCCCUCUACAGCAACACGCGCCAGCUGAGGCAGGGCUGCCGCAGCCUGGAGACCGCCGUGCCCACAUAACGCAUCAAACACAUCUACCACAAGAGACAUACAUACACAGAGGAGGCACCGGGUCACUACACACACACUCACAGGUUUGGGAGAUGCGUCCCAUGUAACCACUGCAGAGACCAUGAUGCUGAUAGUCAACACACACAAUGUCAUAUCUUGCCUUUACAGUCUGAGGAUGUGUUGGCCUGAACAUGAGGCCCAACGUUCCUGAGGCUGGUGAGGGGAGCUAGCAUUACGCUUCAGAAAUACCAUUCUCUUUUUUAUUUGUGUUCUUUUUCUUCAGUUUACGUUUUAGUAGCUGAAUUAUAUUAACAGGUGACUUAUGUUUUUACUUUUGACCCUCUGAUUUUUGCUGUUUUAAAUGAAAAAUGUGUUAUGGAAGAGAAAGAAAAAAUAUGAAUUGUGUAGAUGUAAUACUAAUUUUUCAGAUGCUAUUUUUGAGGUUUUCAAUGAAUAUAUUGUGAAAUGUCAGGGUUUUUAGCGGGCUUCGGGGGGCGUGUAUAUAUUGGGAACAUACUGCUACCUUCACUGCCACAUUUUAAACACUACAUACAUAUCUCAACUGCACUACCACACUACUUAGAAAACAACAUGUUUAUUUUUAAAUAAUUUAUUUUGCUUGUAUUUUAUUACUCGAUUCUAAAGCCUCCCCUGUAAUACAUUGUUACCCCCUGUACUUUCGAGUGCAACAAAACAAUGCAUAUCAUUUUAUUUAUCAUAAUGACAUCAAUGCAUAUCAUGAUAUCAUUUUAAUUCAAAUGUACAUCUUAUGAGGCAAGCACAUGUUUAAUCCAUAUCACCAAGGUAUUUUCUUUUACAAUGAAUACAUUUGUUUUCACUCUGAUGCACAGGCCAUAACCAGGUUCUGACUGGUACAUUACAAGGAACAUGCUGUCACAGACUUGUAGGAUACUGAUCCCAGUACAGUUGUUUGAUCUCGGUGGAUCAGAGUAAAGGAUCUCUAGCUUUCCUGGACCAGGUUUAUCAAAUUCUGUCCCAUUCCUAUUCUCGAGAAUGUAACUAUACUGGAGAGACCAGCAGAGACACCCACACACACAUGGACAGAUAAGCCACUAGUCUUUAUUCAAAAUGGCUGUACAUUUAGGAACAUAAUACGGUACUUUCCCUGCCCUUUUGGUGGAAAUCAUUUGUCAAUGUGAAUCUCACUCCUAUCUGGAUGGUUUUCCAGAUUUUACCGGUGAAGGUAGCAGGUGUUUUGCUUUUUUUUAUCUGCCUUUGAUUAAUUUAAAUCUGACACCCACUGAAAAUCCUUUAUUGUUGUGUGAAUAAUGUACAAAAUACUGAAUGGAAAGCUAAAUGUACGGUUGAAAUUGAGCCAGUCUACCAAGCCAAGACCAAGCAAGUGUCUGGACUGGGGAGCUCUCUCCCUACCUCUCUCUCUGCAUGUACAAUAUAUUGGCUUUAUUGGGAGAACCUAUAGAGGCAGAAGACAUUUUGUUAAUCCCUUUUGAAAUGGAUCUCAUUCGACCAUCAUUCUCAUUCUCUUUCCUCUGCUUUACCUGCUGCUGUCAUGGAUGUUCUCUGAUGACAGCUUUGUUUUUGGAGAGUCAUGAUAGAAGCACUCGUGUUUAAUUUAAUGUACUAAUCAUAUCUUUCUGCGUUGCUUUCGCUGACUGAAAUUCAGUUAGGAUGAUAACAUUUGCGAUUGUUUGACUUAAAUAAAUAAAAAAUUUACUGUAGUGGGUAAAACUUUCCAGACAAAAUGGGAUUCACAACAUUUUUUUAUGCCAAACAACUGUUGGAACAUCCUUUUGGUUACACUCUUCUCUUGAAUUAUUUUGGGGGACUAUUUUUCCCAAAUGAGUCAGAGGGAAAGGGUAGAAGUGCUGGGGUCAAGGCUCAUCCAAAACUGUAACUAGUGAAUUUGUACAACCAAAGAGGUCUAUUUUGUGGUUCACGAAUAAAAAAAGUGUACUUUUCAUUGAACAAGCUGA